AUUCUGUCUCGUGCUGAGCUACUGCUCCUGGUGGCGGCUUAGAACCUCGUAGACACGGGAGAUAGAACAAGAACGCAAACAAGCGAAGCAGAACCGCAUAAAUAAAAGUCCGUAAAGGGUAGGACGAAGAAAAAUACAGCGAUAAAAUGACGGGAAUGGAAACCUCCGCCCUGGUGGACAAGGGCCCGGUGCCCAAAAUUGUGACAACGAACGAAAAGGGCGCCGUCACGCUGCCGAAUCUCGAAGGCCAGCCGGACAAGAGCGAACGGGGAAAAGCCAUGCGCCAGGUCAUUGCCGCCUUCAUCGCCAACAUCGGCACCAUCAAUACCGGUCUGAUUUUCGGCUUCUCGGCCGUCGUCAUUCCGCAGCUGCACGCCCCGGACUCGCUGAUCCCAGUGGACGAAAGUCAGGCUUCGUGGGUCGCAUCCCUCUCGGCCAUCGGUACCCCGAUCGGUUGCCUUCUCAGUGGCUACGUGAUGGACAACUUUGGACGCAAGAAGGCUCUUCUGGUGACGGAAAUCCCCAUGAUCAUCGGCUGGAUGGUGAUUGCCUGUGCAACCAAUGUGGAAAUGAUCUACGCUGGUCGUGUUCUGACCGGUUUUGGGUCCGGUAUGAUCGGUGCUCCGGCUCGUGUGUACACGUCGGAAGUGACACAACCCCAUCUGCGGGGAAUGUUAUGUGCCCUGGCCUCGACGGGUAUCAGUUUAGGCGUGCUGUUUCAAUAUACUCUCGGAGCGGUGACCACGUGGAAGACCUUGUCGGCGAUCUCUGCUUGCGUGCCGGUUUUGGCCUUUGCGCUGAUGAUAUUCAUGCCGGAAACUCCAAACUAUCUGGUGUCCAAGAACAAGCCGGAACAGGCGCUGAAGAGUUUAGCUAAGCUGCGCGGAUCGACGUACAACGUGGAGAAGGAAGUGAAUCAGCUGCAGUCGUUCGCACAGAAGAGCAAUCAAAAAAAGAAAUUGUCGUCGAAGGAAACGAUUCAAGCUCUGCUGCAUCCGUCCUGUCUCAAACCGUUUGGAAUUUUGACUCUCUACUUUAUGAUGUACCAAUUCAGUGGUGUAAACACGAUCACCUUCUACGCGGUGGAAAUUUUCCAAGACUCCGGUACCACAAUGGACAAGUACACGUGUACGAUUAUGCUUGGAGUGGUUCGGUUAGCGUUCACAAUUUUGGCCGCGAUUUUGCUCAGAAGGUGUGGUCGUCGUCCGUUGACGUUCAUUUCCGGAAUCGGAUGCGGUGUGACCAUGAUCGGCUUGGGAACGUAUCUGUACUUUAAGAAAAGCUGGGAGAUGGCUGAUCCGCCGAUUGCGCCCACUGCAACGUGGUUCCCAGUGGCGUGUAUCUUCCUAUUUACCGUCACUUGUACGCUGGGUUUCCUGGUGGUGCCAUGGGUCAUGAUCGGCGAGCUGUACCCGAUGAAGGUGCGUGGACUCGUUGGUGGAUUCACGACCUGCAUGGCGCACACGUUCGUGUUCAUCGUCGUCAAGACGUACCCAUUCCUGGUACAUAUGCUGGAGAGGCACGGUGCGUUCAUCAUGUACGGAUGUAUCUCGUUUCUGGGAACGGUCUUCUUCUACCUCUGCCUGCCGGAAACCAAGGGCAAAACGCUGCAGGAGAUCGAAGACUACUUCUCGGGACGUAUCAAAUCGCUGAAGAAGUCCAAACAGCUGGAAGCCGAGGGCCAGCAGCUGAACAACAACAGCAAACCCCAGCUGCUGACGGUGGAGAAGAACAAACUGCUCCCGUAAAAAAGAGAGGCUCGGCUGGCCGGCCUUUUCCCCCUUCGUUUUUAUUCUUGCU